AAGACCAUUAGAAUAACUUAAUGCAUAAAUUGUGAAAAAAACAAACAAACGAAUCAUCUAAUAAAUGAUCGAGCUAGCUUAUCAUAAUACAAAGCCUUGCAUUAGUUGCAUAGUUGUACGUUAAAAAACUCACAAUUUGCAAAAAUGAGCACAAAAAGAAUAACCAAAUUAGAAACCCUAAAAAUCACUUUUUACGAUAUCCAACACCAUAGACAUUUAGGCAACUAUAUAUAGCUUUCCCCCUCUACUAUAUGUAUACCUUAAAACCUAAACACAUUUCCUUUUAUCUCUACCCUAUCAUCUUUUUAACUAUUUCUUCCCUUUCAUUCUCAAUCACCAACAUUAUCUAUCUCUUAUCCUCUCUUGUUUAAUUAGCUAGCUUCGAUCAUUCUUCUUCUACGAUACGAUGAACACCAACACGAUGGAAGACAAAGUGGGCUCGGAGUUGGCUCCACCACCUCCGGAACAUCUUUGCUAUGUUCGGUGCAACUUUUGCAACACUGUCCUCGCGGUUGUGAUUCCAUGCAAGAGGUUGUUGGACACGAUAACAGUGAAAUGUGGGCAUUGUAGUAAUGUAUCUUUUCUGAGCACUAGGCCUCCUCUCCAAGGGCAAUGUCUUGACCACCAAAUCACCCUUCAGGGGUUCAAUUUCUUGGAGAAACCAGGGGGUUUUUGCAGCACCAUUGAUCAUCACAGCAACAAGAAAAGUGAACCAUCUCCUUCGUCGUCAUCCACCUUAACCGAGCCUGUUUCUCCAAGGCCAUUUGUUUGUAAACCUCCUGAGAAGAAGCAUAGGCUUCCAUCCGCUUAUAAUAGAUUCAUGAAGGAGGAGAUUCAGCGCAUCAAAGCAGCAAAUCCUGAGAUACCUCAUAGAGAGGCUUUUAGCACAGCCGCAAAGAACUGGGCAAGGUUUCUUCCGCACACUCCAGCUGGGUCACUUGCGGAGAGCAGCAACCCCAAUUAAACUAUAAACUUCCUACGGAAGAGGAUGCCUUCUGUUUCGAAUCAGACGGCUAUAAUAUAUAUGGUUGUAGUAGGGCAAGAAAGAAGUAGAGAAUUAGUUAGUACACCUUUGUAUUCAGAUCAUCGGAUCGUCUUGUUUUAUGUUGACAAAUAUGAAGUUUGUCAUUCUAAUUAUGUUUCAGUUUCACUGCCUGUAACUGCAUGAUGAUAUUGCUAAUGCAGUCGUUUGUUGUAACUAAUUAAGGUUUAACUGUUUAAGCUAAGCUACUUAAGUACUUUAAA